AUGUCUUUUUUUGGCUCUAAAAUUAGACAACAUAUUUCUCGUACUUCGACUUCGCGAAUUAUUUAUGUCAACCAAACUUCGCAACCCGAGAAGUAUCGAUCCAAUGCUAUCAGCACCGCCAAGUAUAGUGUACUUUCUUUUUUCCCACGCUUUUUAACGGAACAGUUCAGACGAUACAGCAAUGUGUUUUUCCUCAUCAUCGCGAUUCUUCAGCAAAUUCCGAAUGUUAGUCCAACAGGACGUUUCACAACUGCAGGGCCCUUUAUCAUCAUUUUAGCUGUAUCGGCUAUCAAAGAAAUAUUUGAAGACAUCAAGCGAAGAAAAUCUGAUCAAACAGUUAAUAAUUACUGUGCUACAGUUCUUAAAGGUCAUGAGUGGAAAUAUAUCCUUUGGAAAAAUUUGAAAGUGGGAGAUAUUGUACGAGUGGAAAAUAAUCAAAUGUUCCCAGCGGAUUUAGCACUGUUAUCAUCCAGUGAACCGCUAAGUAUAGCUUACAUCGAGACUUCAAAGUUGGAUGGAGAAACGAAUCUGAAAAUUCGACAGGGACUUGAAUGUACAUCGGAUCUAAUAGAUGCAGCAGCGAUUAAAAAUUUCCAGUGUAAGAUCGAAUGUGAACAUCCAAAUCAAAAUUUAAAUGAGUUUACAGGAACGCUACAUAUGCAAGAUUUGCAGCGACCUCUUGGUAUACCUCAACUAUUAUUGCGUGGUGCUCGUUUAAAACAUACACAGUGGAUAUGUGGCGUAGUGCUAUAUGCGGGGCAUGAUGCCAAGUUGUUAAUGAAUUCAAAAAUACCUCCAUUGAAACAAUCCAGAAUUGAUGCUAUCACCAACCAGCGUAUUUUAUUUCUGUUUCUUGUAUUAGUUGUUCUAGCUCUUAUAAGUGCUGUUGGAGCAUAUUUCUUCGAUCAUAAAGUGCUAAUGCACGCUUAUUACCUUGGCCCUCGAACAAAGGGGCCCUUCGACUUUUUCUGGAAUGCGCUAACGUUCUUCAUUUUGUAUAAUAACUUAAUCCCGAUCUCAUUGCAAGUUACGCUUGAAAUAGUCCGAUUUUUCCAGGCUGUGUAUUUGAAUAAUGAUAUUGACAUGUAUGAUGAAAAAACAGAUAGUUGUGCUGUUGCAAGGACAUCGAAUUUAAAUGAAGAAUUGGGACAGGUGAAAUUUAUAAUGAGUGAUAAAACGGGAACACUAACUCGUAAUAUUAUGAAAUUUAAAAGAUGCUCAAUUGCUGGUAUCAAUUUUGGAAACGAUGAAACAGAUGAUUUUCAAGAUCGUGAUUUACCGGAACUCAUCAAGACUUCUGAUGAAAAAGCUGGUUCUGUCAAAGAGUUUCUUCGGAUGAUGGCAAUUUGUCAUACGGUUGUUCCAGAAAGGGAUGAAAGCGGUGAAUUACAAUAUCAAGCUUCUUCACCUGACGAAGGUGCGCUUGUUCGUGCUGCUGCAGUCCUUGGAUUCGUGUUUCACACCAGAAAGCCACGAUGUAUUCUCGUCUCAGAGUUAGGAGAAAUCAAAAGUUAUGAAGUUUUAAAUGUGUUAGAGUUUACAAGCGAUAGAAAACGAAUGGGUGUUGUUGUGCGGUGUCCUGACGGUGUCUUGAAAUUGUAUGUCAAAGGAGCGGAUUCUAUGAUUUUCGAAAGAUUGAGAAAGGAUUUACCAGUUGUUGAUAAUUGCAUGAUCCAUCUUCUAGACUAUGCGUCAAAGGGCUAUCGAACUCUUUGUUUUGCAAUGCGUGUACUGGAAUUGGAAGAAUACAAGAAAUGGACUCAAGAAUUUGAAAAAGCUUUGAUUUCGAUAGACAAACGAGCAGAAAAAUUGGCAGAAUGCGCUGAGAAGAUUGAAAAAAACCUUACCUUAGUGGGUGUAUCUGCAAUUGAAGAUAAAUUGCAACAGUAUGUACCGGAAACAAUUACGGCUUUACUUGCUGCGCAGAUACGCAUUUGGAUGUUAACCGGCGAUAAGCGUGAGACAGCCAUUAAUGUAGCUCGUUCAGCGGGUCUCGUUCAUUCGAGCAUGAAAUAUUGGUUUAUUGAUGGCAACUCAUGCGAUGAAGUUUUUGAAAAACUUUGUGACUGCAGUAUUAUUGUUCAGCCAUCCACUGUUCAUUACUCUUUAGUUAUAGAUGGAUCUACACUAAAAUACGUAGUUGAACCGAGAUGUAGGAAAAUCUUUGGUAACCUAGCCAUGAUUUGUCCCACUGUGAUUUGUUAUCGAAUGACCCCAAUGCAGAAAGCAGAAGUUGUCGAGAUAGUUCGCGAAGCUACUAACGAUGUGAUUUUAGCAGUUGGCGACGGUGCCAAUGAUGUCGCUAUGAUACAAGCUGCUAAUGUUGGUGUGGGAAUAAUUGGUGAAGAAGGUCUGCAAGCAGCAUCUACGAGUGAUUACUCUAUUGCACAAUUUCAUUUUUUACGCAGACUUUUACUUGUUCAUGGUGCAUGGAACUACGAUCGAGGCGCAAAGUUCCAGGUGAUCUUAUAUAGCUUCUAUAAGAACAUAUGUUUGUAUUUGAUCGAGUUAUGGUUUGCGAUCUAUUCUGCAUUCUCUGGUCAAACAAUAUUUGAGCGUUGGACCAUUGCUCUUUUCAACGUGGCAUUUACUGCAUUGCCACCUGUUAUGAUCGGAUUAUUUGACAGACCUCUUUCCGACCAAAUGAUGCUUUCCUAUCCUGGCUUGUAUGAAAGUUUUCAGAAACUAGCAUUCACAAUCGGUCAGUUUGCAAUGUGGAUUGGUCUAGCAGUUUGGCAUUCAUUACUUCUUUUCUUUUUAUCCUAUGCAUUUUUGUAUAAUCCUGUUGUGUGGGAUAAUGGCAGAGUUGGAGGCUGGUUGAUGCUUGGCAAUUCGUGCUAUACGUUUGUGGUAACAACAGUUUGCCUUAAAGCUUUAUUAGAAUGUAAUUCUUGGACAGUUGUUAUAUUAUUUUCAUGUUUUGGCUCAAUUUUAUUGUGGUUUAUUUUCCUUUCACUUUAUUCCCUGGUUUGGCCAAUUUUACCGAUUGGUGAGGAUAUGUGUGGUAUGGCGUUCAUAAUGUUGAGUUCGCCAUUUUUUUGGCUGGCAUUGAUUUUAAUUCCUAUAAUAACAUUAUUUACUGAUUUCAUCAUCAAAACGAUUCGGACGACUUUUGCACCGAGUCCUAGAGAAAUAGCAUACUUCAAUGAACAUUUUAGAAUGCAAGGCCAUAACAUAUAUUACGAGUUACAUUGUUUACGACCUACUGAACAAUUUGAGCGAGCAGAAUCUAGUGGUACUAUCAGUGAAACGAUAAGUGAUAGCGUCAGUGAGAGUCCUGCUUUGAGAUUAAUCGAAGAACAUCGAUCAGAUCAACGAGUGGAGGCGGAAUCAAUUUGGCUUCCAACAAGAGAGCAACCAACAACAUCCACUGGAGGUCCCAUCUGA